UUGGCGCUACGCCUCUGUAUCGCAUGGUUUCGUUAAUGUGAGAGAACUCGAGCAAUAAGGUGGCGAUCAGUGAAUUGCAUAAAACCUAUGGACCGAUGCUUACAAUAUGGAUGGGUUGGACACCAAUGGUAUACAUAAGUGAUUAUAAUUUAGUCAAAACGGCGUUCACUGCGAAAGACAACGCUUUGAUGGGAAGAGUGAGAAGUGGUUUCGCUUUGGCACAGAUUGGCAAACAUCAGGACAUACUUCAGACAGACUACGGGUCCGUUUGGGCCAGUCUUAGACGCGUCUCACACUCGGCGGUCAGAAAAGUGGCUGUAAGUGAAAAACUACACGAAUUAGUAGCAGAUGUGGUCGACUCGAGCGCACACACCAUGAAAAAGACUCACCCAUUGGGCGCACCCUUUGAUCCCAAGUGCUAUCUCUAUCACUCGGUUAUGGCUAUACUCGCGUCCACUGCCUUCGGGAAGCGAUAUCAAUUAGACGACAAAGAGCUGGCAUUUUAUGGCGAGAGUCUUGAGUUCAUGCAAAGCCGGACGAGUCUAUUGGCGGCCAUCGAUCGCAUACCACUCUUAAGACUGAUCCCAAUUUUUUUAUACUCUAAACUUAAAAAAUUUUAA